AGUUUUGAAAUGAGAAUGCAGCCAACAGCCCACAAUAUUGACGUAUCUAGGAAUAUCGUUCCACAUGGGCACUCAUAUACGUCACUUUCAACGUCAGAGCUUAAGCCGAAGGACGUCUCUGAUUGGAUGUCAAAGCCGCCUUUUGUUUUAAAGAAGGCUGUUUGUAACCGCUAUAUAACAGUCGUAAAUAUUAUAUCUCAUGACUCAGAGAACGUAGAGAUCAAACAUUUGGCAGUCGUAUUUUUGCUUUUACCAAGAGAUUUUACAAACGAACUAUCGAAAGUCGCUUGCUUCAUUAAGAUGCCAGAAUUUCGUAAAGACGCUAUCCCUCCACUAAGCCAAGAUUUUUUUGAAAGUUUGGACAGAGUGGACGAAUCUGCUUUGGCGCGCUUGAUCGUGGAGUUGAAUAUUAACCGCCUUCAAGAAUUACCAGAUUUGAGGACGAUGUUCCUUCAGCGUCGAAGACAGCAACUUGCAUAUGCACAUCAGCUAAAUCGUAGCUUCCCGGGAAGUGGGCGCGCAGCUAUGCCACAGACCCAAAGACAAACCCCACUUCAAGGGAGACCGUGGCCUGUUUAUGUGUGAUGAUUAAGUAUCACAGUUGGAUUGUAUAAUAUCUGUAAAAAGACUUGGUAACUAAAAAAAUCAAUUCUGCGGAAAAAGACAAAGGAGGAUUCUGAAUAGAAAUACUAUGGUAGUGACGCCGACACAAAUUCCACUGCAGUUUGGAGAUUGAACUCGCAAUUCUAUAUAUGGAAGUUUUGACCUCUUGAUAUUCUUCACACCAAAUGUUUCCUACAGCGAUCUCAAGACUACUUUGGCUGUUUCCGCAUGUUGAAGGCAAAGCUCGGAAAUGAUAUCCAUCUACGAAGACUUUCACAAAGUACAAAAAUUCUUUGCUUGCGUCUUUCAACAUCUUUAGGAUUCUUGAUGUCUUUUAUGACCGCAUACACGAUUUAUAUAAAUAGUUCAAGCGCGGGUUCGCUUAGAAUACUGUAAAAAUUCAAAGAAUUCAGCUGUACUCAAUAAGCUGAUUUAUGUGUAAUAUAAUGUACAAAAGUCAAAAAGUUUGAAUAAGUGUUGCUUUGUGAAAUUAUGCGCUCAUAAAACCGUGACAAGAACAUCCGAAUCUAAAGAUGUUCCGUAAAAAAAUGUUACUCAACUCAAAAAUCUAACAAUACUUUUCAUUAAAUUUUUGUAUUUUGUACGAA